AUGUCCGGAAAAAUAAAGAGUCGAAGCGCCGCAAAUGCCGAGUCGAUGGCAGGCAGCGUGUCCUGCGACGAGCGGAUUCUGCGGGAGUGCCAUCAAAUUUAUACCGAUGCCGAUAGUGGGCUGAUCUCGAUCGCAGAGUCAGUGGGGGUCACCCUCCUGCCCCCCAGGAAGAAGAUCACGGUCAUGUUGAUGGGUAAUCACUCUGCAGGCAAGAGCUCCUUUAUCAACUGGUACGUGGAGGAGCACGUUCAGCGGACAGGCGUUGCCAUCGAGACGCAGGGAUUCAGCUUUGUCACCAGUGGACGCAAGAGAGAGAGCCUGACGGGAAAUGCCACCCUUCACCUGUACCCUCACUUCAAACCUCUGCAAGAAUUCAAAGGUGUGUCGGAGUACCUGUGUACAGAGAUUUGCACCUCCCGGCAGAAGCGUUUUAGCCUGGUGACCUUUGUGGACACUCCCGGACUGGUUGAUGGAGAUAUGAAGUACCCAUUCGACGUGGACCAGGCUUUACUCUGGCUGGGUAACCUAUGUGACCUCAUCCUGGUGUUCUUCGACCCAAUGGGCCAGGCUCUGUGCAAGCGCACUCUCAACAUUGUGGAGAAUCUGAAUGAGUCACAAGGCGACCGGUUACGCUUCUACUUGAGCAAGGCUGACGAGGCCGGGACUGAGUCAGACAGGCAGAGGGUGAUGAUGCAGAUAGUACAGGAGCUGUGCAAGAGGCCGGGACUCAACAAGUGUGGAUUCGACAUGCCUACUAUCUACGUCCCCAAUCCUGGCAAGACCAGCCGCUGUGUGAACCAGAUCGAGGAAGUGUGUCGUACCAUCGAGAAGACCAUCAACCAGACGGUGCAAAACACCCUCAACUCCCUGGAGAAGGAUUGUGAGGCCGUGAGCCGGGCCAUCACUGCAACGCUGGUGACAGACAGGCAGAGCAACAUGAGUAACCGGCGUGCCCGCUGCCAGGCCUGCCUCCUGGGGCUGCUGGGCCUCCUCGUGCCCUUGCUGCUCCUGGCAGUCCUGAUGCUGGGCCCCAUGUCCAAGGGGCUUUUGGAGGCAUUGCUGGGCCCGAACGGAACUGCAGCUCUCUGGCUUUAUCUGGCUCCUGCAUCCCAAGCAUUUAGGUCGUUGGAUGUCCAGCAGCAGCUGUACCUUCUCGGGGGCCUCGGCCUGCUGUCUGUCACUCUGCUACUCCUGGCUCGCCUUUUCUUCCGAUCUCGACCAACACUCUCAAGCAGGCAGAAGCGGCAGCUGCAGGAGAAGCUGGAGUAUGUCCAGGACGUUGUGAAAAAUAAGAAGAAGAAGCUUUACGAAGAUUAUCUGCGCCAGAGUGUCUCUGAUCACGAUAUGGACUAAGGAAUACAGAAAGAAGAAUACAGGGAGUGCUACUGAGCACCUUAGACGGCACUGCACAUUUCGGCCUGUAUUAGUCAGUCCAGGCCUUCAGACUGCGCCUCACACUUGACCACUACCAGGUGUGGGAAUUGGAGUUUAUUGGUACAUGUUUACCGCGGACAGUUGCAGGCUUUGGAAAAAAACCCUGACACUACCUGUUUUGGAACCUUCCGUAGUUAGAAUGAGUAGUUUUGUAGGAAGCUUUAUAUAAAACUAUUUUCAUAAGUAUUGUAAUGUUACUUGGCAUAACUUUUUAAUUGCAGAAUGAUGGUUCCUCUGAGGAAUUUUGUAUCUGUAUACCACUGUGUGUUUCUCACUUACAUUUUUGCCCAGCUCAGAAUUGUCACAUCCCAUUAAAACUGGUAAAAAGUGA